AGACACCAAACAACACUACCGACUCCAUCUCAAUCUCUCCACUCACUCCUGUCUCAGUACCCCUCAUCUUCCUUCGUCAUAAGCCCACAAACCAUGAGCACCCAGAUCCUAAACUAAACCCUAUUAAAACACACACACACACAGUGAAAGAUAAUAAUGUUAUCAUCAACUCCAACUCCACUGAUCCCCACACUAACCCUCUUCAUUUCCAUCACCAUCAUCUUCUUCCUCUUCAACCCCUCUCUCCUCCCCACCACCCACCGCUCCUCCCCGCCCAUCCCCCUCUCCGACGAACUCUCCGACCUCUCGUUAUUCUCACGCGCCACCCGACGCGCCGCCGCCAAGUCGCGCCUAGGCACCACCAACCAAAACCCCAAAAUAGCCUUCCUCUUCUUGACCAACACGGACCUCUACUUCGCACCCUUGUGGCAGAUCUUCUUCGACAAUUACUCUGCUCUGUACAAUAUCUACAUUCAUGUGGACCCCACUGUUAAGAUUACCCCACCGGGUGGGGUUUUUCAGGGGAGGGUGAUUAAGGAUCUGCACAGGACUUAUAGGGGCACUGCCACGUUGAUCUCCGCGGCUCGCCGGCUUCUUGCCACCGCGAUUCUCGAUGAUUCGAGUAACUUCUACUUUGCCCUUGUUUCGCAACAAUGUGUGCCUUUGCAUUCUUUUAUGUUUGUGUAUAAUGCGUUGUUUAGGCAGAAUGUAGAUUCGGUUAGUUUAGAUAGGCUUAGCUUUAUUGAAAUUUUGUCGAAUGAGUCGAUUUUACCGGAUAGGUAUAAUGCUAGAGGUAAAGGGGUUAUGGUUCCGGAAGUGCCCUUUGAUAAGUUUCGAGUAGGGUCACAAUUUUUUGUGCUAACUCGGAGGCAUUCGUUGAUGGUGUUGAGGGAUCGGAAGUUGUGGAGGAAGUUUAAGAUUCCAUGUAUAAAUGUACAUUCUUGUUAUCCGGAAGAGCAUUAUUUUUCUACUAUGUUGUCGAUGUUGGAUCCGAAGGGGUGCUCGUUUUAUACGUUGACAAGGGUGAAUUGGACUGAUAGUGUAAAUGGUCACCCACAUACUUAUUACCCACCAGAAGUGUCGGCGGAGCUGAUUUACAGUUUGAGGGAGUCGAAUUCUUCAUAUUCGUACCUGUUUGCCCGGAAAUUCUCACCAGAUAGUUUGAACACAUUGUUGGAUUUAUCAGAAAAAGUCAUCUUCAAGGACUGAUUUUUAAUCCUGAACUACAAGUGAAGAUAGGAAUAUAUUCUAAAUAUUGAAUGACAAGGUUCAUGGAAGAUAAUGACAAGGUUCAUGGAAGAUGUUCAUUGAAAGUGCAACCAAUGAGCGAAGCCAUCCCCGGUGAGUUCACGAGUCUAACUACAUUUCAGAAAAAGAUCGAGAGGGCAUAUAGUUGAAAGAAAAUGUUAAUAGGUGCAAGUUUGGUGGUGUAACAAUAUUAGUUGUCGUAGCCGUAGCUACAAUGCUGGAAUUGGCCUUGAAUGUGGUCAAUUUAUAUCUUGAUAUCUGUACAUACAGUCCAGUUCAUGUAAUGUUAAAAUUCAAAGUACUGAUAAAGCAGUUGCCUUUAUUUUAUUACUGAAAUUGGAGAUUAGAUCUCAAGUCACUGAAUAAUUAGGUGACUGUACUAGUAUCCAAACAUGUAUCCACCUGAUCUAUAAUAGUUGAUAUUAUCUA